AUGUCCUCCAUUUCACUCGCUAAAUCGGUGCCGCGCUUUCGUGUACACAUAAUCGGUCUCGGUAGCAUCGGCACUUUUGCUGCACAUGCUGUGUCUGAAAUUCCGAAUGGGCCGUCGGUGACUCUCCUUCUGCAUCGAAGAUCACUUCUUGAGACCUACUGCCAGAACGGAAAUCAAAUCCGAUUCGAGUCCACAGACGGGAAGCACCUUGUUUCACGCGGAUAUGACUUGGAAACAAUUUACAACGACCAAUGGCACCUGACAACACCGCCAAGCCCAGAUUCCCCAGUGGGUAGGGAUGAGAUCCAACAUCUAAUUGUCUGCACGAAAGCAACGCAGACUGUAUCGGCCCUCCGCCCACUCGUCCCCCGCUUAAACCGUGCUUCGAAUAUUCUCUUUCUCCAAAACGGCUCCGGGGUGAUCGAAGAGGUCAACAAGCAUUUAUUCCCAGAUCCCUCAUCUCGACCAAACUAUCUCAUUGGUGUGAUCUCCCACGGAGUAACGCUCAAUUCUCCCUUUAACAUCACCCACACUGGGGUUUCGGCGACUUCAAUAGGGCCUGUCCCAUCCUACCCCUCAGCGAACGUCGAUAUACCGGAUUCUCAGUCCUCCUACCUUCGUCAAACUUUACCCGAUUCCCCAAUCCUGAGCUUGACCUCAUAUUCCUACACUGAUAUUCUCCAAAUUCAACUCGAGAAACUGGCCGUCAAUGCUUUCUGCAACCCAAUCUGUGCCCUGAACGACGCCCAGAACAAAUUCUUGUUUAGUGUGCCAGAAACGCGGCGGGCAAUCUUGACUGAGAUCUCGGAGGUUGUCCUCUCCCUCGGCGAGUUGCAGGGCGUUCCCGGCUUAAAAGAGAGAUUUUCGGUGGAUCGAUUGGAGCAGACGGUUCAUGCAAUCAUUGAAAAGACGGCGAAUACCACUUGUUCUAUGGUCUGGGAUCUUAGGUCAAGACGGGAAACUGAAAUUUCCUUCAUCAACGGGAGUUGGAGUCAGAUGGGUCGGGCGGUUGGUGUUGCGACGCCAGUUAAUGAUGAACUUGUUGAGAAGAUUUUGAAGAUUCAGGGCUCGAGUAGACAGAUUUAG